AUGGCUGGUACUUGUAUACUAACUGUACUUGCAGCUAAGAUUAGUUGGCCAUGGCUGGUGGAUGGUAAUAGAUUUGCUACGAAAAUCAAGAGUGCAUCUGGCACAAGUCAUCUUGAAAGAGUUGAAUGGAAGAGCGAUCCUUGUAAAACUUGUCCAAAUUGCCAUCAUGUUAUUGACAACAGUGAUGUCGUUCAAGAGUGGCCUGGAUUACCUAGAGGGGUGAAAUUUGAUCCAUCUGAUCAAGAAAUUAUUUGGCAUUUACUUGCAAAAGUUGGUGGAGGCAUGAAACCUCAUCCUUUUAUCUCAGAGUUCAUCCCAACUGUUGAUAAUGAUGAUGGAAUCUGCUAUACCCAUCCUCAGAACCUACCAGGUGUUAAACAAGACGGCAGUAUAUCACACUUCUUUCAUAGAGCAAUCAAAGCAUACAAUACAGGGACUCGAAAGCGUCGAAAGAUUCAAGGUGAUAAUUUUGGUGAUGUCCGCUGGCACAAGACUGGCAGGACCAAACCAGUGCUCCUGGAUGGGGUUCAAAAAGGGUGUAAAAAAAUUAUGGUCCUUUACAUGAGUACUUUCAGAGGAGGCAAAGCUGAGAAAACUAAUUGGGUGAUGCAUCAAUAUCACCUUGGAACAGGGGAGGAUGAGAGGGAUGGGGAGCAUGUAGUUUCCAAAAUAUUUUAUCAGCAACAAGCGAACAAGGGAGAAAAACCUGAAGAAGAUUUAUUCGAAAUUGCUGAUGCCAUGGUUGCAAAAGUAGAUCCAGUAACUCCCAAGUCUGUAACUCCUGAUCCACCUUGUGCUGAAAGGCGAUGCCAAGAUUUUGAGUUGGGACAAGCAUCUACUAAAGUUUGCACAGAUCCCUGUGCUCAGCUACUUGGGGUUGAUCACAUGGUUGGUGAUAAUGAUAAUUGUGCUGAGGAAGAGCCACCUGGGGUUGAUCACAUGGUUGGUGAUAAAGAUAAUUGUGCUGAGGAAGAGGUUAGUAUUCAGCAUGAAAACUCCCGUUGCAAUGACCAACCAGAGAAAGAAAAUAAUGUUAAUCACAUGGUGGAUGAUGAUGAUAACUGUGCUGAGGAAGAGCGAAAAUGGUGGGACAGUGAGUCACAACAUUUGUUGGAUUCACAACAACUUGUAGAAGGGCUAUCUUUGUGUGCUGAGUUUCUUCAGAGCCAAUCUCCAAAUAGGGCUGGACAUGGGACUGAAGCAAAUGCCAAACCUGGUCUUUCUGAUUAUGUCCUGUUAGGAUCAGAGUAUUUAAAGAAAGAUCUAGAGGAGUGCCAGAAUCUGGAACUUGAUCCAGCAAACAUAGAACUUGAUACGCCUCCAGAAUUCAGACUAAGCCAGCUGGAAUUUGGAUCACAGGAUAGUUUUACUGCAUGGGGUGAAGGCAAGGUGGCAGACUAA